CAAGCAUCGUCCGAGCCAUACCUCUCUCGACAUGAAUCGGAACACGCUUCUCGCCAUCCUCGUCGCAUGCUUCGCCGUGGUUGCCUCAGUCGCGCCGCUGGUGACCGCCCAAAACUGCGGAUGCGCCGCCGGCCUCUGCUGCAGCCGGUACGGUUACUGCGGGACCAGCCAUGCCUACUGCGGACCGGGUUGCAAAGCCGGCCCCUGCAGCUCCACCGCGGCUCCACCCGCCACUGGCGGGGUCGUGGUCGGCAACGUCGUCACUGCCGCCUUCUUCAACAGGAUCAUCGGGCAGGCAGCUUCCAGCUGCGCCGGGAAGAAGUUCUACUCGAGGCAAGCGUUCCUCAAGGCACUCGGUAGCUUCCCGAGGUUCGGGCGGGCCGGGUCGGUCGUGGCCUCGAAGCGGGAGAUCGCCGCUUUCUUCGCUCAUGUCAUGCAUGAGACUGGACAUUUUUGUUAUAUCGAAGAGAUAAAUGGGGGCACCUACUGCGACCCGAGCGCGAAGCAGUACCCGUGCAAGCCAGGCAAGAAGUACUUCGGCCGAGGGCCCUUCCAGAUCACGUGGAACUACAACUACGGCGCGGCCGGCCAGAGCCUCGGGUUCGACGGGCUCAACACGCCGGAGAUUGUCGCGAACAACCCCGUCAUCGCCUUCAAGACCGCCCUGUGGUUCUGGACGAGGAACAACAUGCAGUCCAAGCUCUUGAGCCAAGGGUUCGCUGCGACGAUCCGAGCGAUUAACGGCGGAGAGUGCAACGGGGGGAACUCAGCAGCUGUUCGAGCCCGGGUCGCGUAUUACACUAAUUAUUGCAAGCAAUUUGGGGUUACACCUGGCCGUAAUCUCUAUUGUUAAGGGCUCUUGGUCGGGAUUAAUCAAUGUGGGUUACAAACAUUGACAAUAAUGUGCUCUAAAAACAGCCUUUCUCCGCCAAAUGUAGCUUGGUAAUCAAGGAUGAAGGAUGAUGAAAUAAAGAUGUUGCUUAUGUUAAGCAAUUUAAUGACC